GAAACAUUAGCAGUAUUUUGAUAAAAAUUCGUAUUUAUCGUUUUUACAAGAAUUUAAUUAAUUUAACAAGCCAAAAAUGUCGCUAAGUGAAAGCUGUGCAAAAGCUCUAUCCGAUAAAACUUAUGAGAAGAGAAAAUUGGGAAGUGUAGAAGUGGAAAAAAUGGUAUUCGAGUAUAACAAAGCGAAGAAUCAUCAGCAGAUAAAGAAGAUAAUUGACACACUGGCUACACAGUUUUGUAUUAGUAAGGAUGUUAACAAGAGAAAAGGUGGAUUAAUCUCAAUCGCUGCUUGUUGUAUUGCAUUAGGACCAAUUGACUGCAAGAUAUUUAUGAACGAGCUAUUAGUUCCGGUACUCAACUGUUUGGUUGAUUCAGACGUUCGUGUGAGGUAUUUUGCAGCAGAAAGUUUAUACAAUAUUGCUAAAAUUGGAAGACAGAACAUAAUUCAGUUUAUGCCUGAAAUAUUUGGUGCAUUAUCUCGACUUGUGAGUGAUCCAGAUGUUUCAGUUAAAAAUGCUUCAGAAUUACUGGAUCGCUUACUAAAAGACAUAAUAAGCGAGAACUCGAGUGUCUUUGACUUGCCAUCCUUCAUUUCCUUACUACGUGAACGUGUAUUGACGAAAAACUCGUUUGCACGGCAAUUUAUCAUAUCCUGGAUCUCAAUUUUAAAUGCAGUUCCUGAAAUUAACAUGUUGUAUUAUCUUCCUGACAUUCUUGAUGGAUUAUUUCAAAUGUUAGAGGAUGUACAAGAAAUCCAAAGAAUGUGUGAGACACUUUUACAGCAAUUCUUAAAGAAUAUCAAGCAUGAUCCAUCGACGGUUGACUUAUCAAGAAUGACAAAUAUUUUAAUUUUUCAUGCCCAAAACGCAAAUAAUGAAUUAAUUCAAUUUACGGCUAUAACAUGGCUAAGAGAGUUUCUACACAUUUCUGGCAUUCAAAUGCUUCCAUUUUCAAGUGGAAUCCUCUCUGCUAUCCUUCCAUGCUUGGCUUACGAAAGUGAUUCUAAGAAAAAUAUCAGAGAGAAUGCCGGAUUAGUCAAUCAACUUAUGCUUGAUUUAAUAUCAAAAAAGGAGAAUAAAGAUGAAUUGAAAAACAUUGACAUAGAGUCAGUAAUGGAAGUGCUCAAAAUGUAUCUUUUGCAUAGUUCAGUCAACACAAAAGUUCAUUCAUUGAGCUGGAUUCAUCAAUUUUUCAUCGAGGCUGAAGACGAAAUGUCUAUCCAUGCUCCAAAUUUACUUCCAGUUCUCCGAAACAUUAUUAAUGACUCAUCAGAUGAAGUUGUCCUUGAAGGAUUGACUGUCAUAGCUGAUAUUGUUAAAUCAACCAAAGAACAAGAUGCUGAAAUUAAUAAAUAUCGUGAAUUUCUUGAUAGCUUAUUGGAACUCUUUCGUGAAGAUAAAAGCUUCCUUGACAAUAGAGGUUCACUUAUCGUUAAACAGCUUUGUGCUUUGCUUAAUGCUGAAUAUAUUUAUCGAACCCUAGCUGAAAUAUUAACAAAUGACACAGAGAAUCCAAAAUUUGCAUCGAUUAUGGUGAGGAAGCUCAACAGCAUUUUAUUCACAUCAUCUGAACUUUUUGAUUUGAGAACGACUUUGAGGAAUAUUCAGAAUCCAAAAUCUGCUGAUCUAUUCGUGACUUUAUAUAAAUGUUGGUCAUUUUGUCCAAUUUCAACAAUAUCACUUUGCUUGCUUGCUAACUGUUUCUCCCAUGUGUCUGAUUUAGUCUUAAUUUUUGGAAACCUCGAAAUGACUGUGGACUAUUUAGAGGAAAUUGACAAAUUAAUUCAACUUAUCGAAUCGCCCAUCUUUGCUUCAUUGAGGCUAAUUCUUGUCUCGAAAAAUGCUGAUUCUCAAAAUUUACAAAACGCACUUUAUGGACUAUUGAUGCUCAUUCCUCAAACAAAGCAAUUUGAUUUACUGAAAAAUCGUCUUCAAUGCAUUCCAAUUAAUUACAUUACUAACGCAUCGUCGGUACCAUCAAUUGAGAGCCAGUCAGGCAUAGAUUUUAUCAACUUAAAGAAACACUUUGAAGUGGUUCAGAAGUACCAUCAUAAACGUAAAAUUAGUAACAUUUACAUUAGACAUGAGUUUAAACCAGAUAAAUAAGUUAUAUUAAUGGGCCUCGUCACAAAAAAAUUGUACGUGAGUGACGCUUUGUUAUUCUUGAUUAUCUCCUUAUCCUUAAAAGUGACAAAUUUAAGAGUUACUUUUUUGAAAACGGAAUUUAAAUCCCCAUCUAUUGUUGUACAAUUCACUUCAUGAAAGUUUACAGUUACUCGAAAAAAUCACUUUAACUGAGCGUCACUCACGUACAAUUUUUGGGAAUUUUGCUAUAUCUUCAUUAUUGUUUAUUGAUAUAUCUCCAAAUGUAUUUUUCUAGGUCCGAAAUUCA